AGUCGCUGUGUUCGCAACUGAACCGUUGUGGGGGUUUACUCUCCUCAAUCUCUUUGCAUUCUGAAGAAAAUAAGACGACCACUAAGCCAAGAUGUCUUACAUGCUUAGCCAUCUCCACAACGGCUGGCAGGUCGACCAGGCCAUCCUAGGUGAGGAGGAUCGCGUCGUCGUCAUCCGCUUCGGUCACGACUGGGACCCGACGUGUAUGAAGAUGGACGAGACGUUGUACCGGAUCUGCGACAAGGUGAAAAACUUUGCUGUGGUGUACCUUGUUGACAUCACAAAAGUGCCUGAUUUUAACAAGAUGUACGAGUUGUACGACCCGUGCACGAUGAUGUUCUUCUUCAGGAACAAGCAUAUAAUGAUAGAUCUGGGUACCGGUAACAAUAAUAAGAUCAACUGGGCUAUAGACGAUGAACAGGAGGUUAUUGAUAUUGUGGAGACAGUGUACAGGGGCGCGAGGAAAGGACGUGGUUUGGUGGUGUCACCCAAAGACUACUCUACCAAAUACCGUUAUUAAUGUCCUCUACCGCAUCUCUGUUGCCAACAGUUUGGAUUUGUGGAUGGCAGCGAUUGAGGACACGUUGGUUUGGAAAUGAAUACUGGCAAGUGCCAUGCCUUUACGAAACAUCAUUCCUCAAACAUUUUCUUAUUUUUUCAGCUACACCAGAACUGCAAAGCUUUGGUAAAUUUGUUGAUUUAUGUUGUAUAGUAGGGUUGCGGGCUAUCACAUAUUGAAUCAAAUGUACAGUUUACAGUAUCGCAACGAUCACCUGGGGAGUAGUUCAUCAACAUUUUCGUCCGACAAGUUGUCGGAUCCGACAACUUUCCUUGGUUAUGAUCGUAAGAGAGGCACUGUUAACAUAGUAACUGUCGGAUAAAUCAGUACUUGUCUGAUAAAACGUCUUACAAGUCCUUUCGAAUGAUGAAACGCUCCCCAGGUUUUAUCUCAAGAUACACUGCAGUACAUUCUCCAUAUUUGACCUUCAAUAAGUCAAGUAAGCCUAUUAAACUCCAGAAAUUUCAAACCAGGGUGGUGUUUCAUAAAGUUACGCACAACUUUACGCACGACUGAAACAUGUUCCUUGGUGCUUAAUCAGUUACAUGUGGAUAGUGUAGCACAAGAAAGGUCACCAGUUGUGCGUAAAGUCAUUCGUAACUAACAAACAGCUUUAUGAAAUGGGCUCCUGAAUAUGAAAAAUAUGUCUCUCCUGUGUUAAGUGCAACAGAUUUCUGUGUUACCAAGACACUUGACUUGGGUAGUGUCACCUGUGUAUCGUUCAGCUUUAAUUAUGUGUCGGACAUUGUUUGCAUUUAUGUACAUGUAGUAUGUUUAAGUUUAUGGCACUCCUGGGCCUGCUGUAGUACAAAGGUUAGCGAUUAAUCGCUAACUUGAAAGAUUGGUUCCUAGUCAGUCUACCGAGCAAAAUUGCGCAUGCAACGAUGGUCUUGAUUGGUAAUUUCAUGUACAUGUAGCUAUUAAUCGCUAACUUGUGUUACAGGGGCCCGUUUCAUAAAGCUGUUCAUAAGACUUUACACACGACUGGUGACCCCUUCUUGCGCUAAAUGAACGGAUUUUAUAGCGCCUAAGAACGUGUUCCAGUCAUGCAUAAAGUUGUGCAUAACUUUACGAACAGCUUUAUAAAACGGCCCAGAUAUCAUCAGGUACAUGUAAUAUUGGAUGGGGAAGUAUUAUAGUUUAUUAGAGGCUUGACACUUUUAUGUAGUUCCCCUUGGACCCUGGUGAUCUUUAUUUUCUACAUGAGGGAGAUUUGUUCAUUUUGUUGUUAAAAUCAUAUCAAGUUUCAAAACUUACAAUAUUUUUCUGAAGAGUUAUUGUUAACCAGAUUGUUCAUUCACUGAAGUCAACAUUGUCACAAUUUUAUGACACCAUGCCACCUUUAAUCCAAGCCACCGAUUGGAUGUCGUGAAAGACAUUAUGAAAAUAUGAGAGAGGACAUAUUUUUGAUAAGCCAAAGGGGGAGGGGGUGUAAAGCUCUUUAAUAGUUAUGGACAACGUCAACUUUAUAAAGUUCUGGAACAUAUUUUUGUGCUACAUGUACAUGUACCCAAACAUUUUCUUUGUGUUCAACAAAGUGGGACUGACUUUCCAAUUACUGAAUACAUGUCAGUAUUAAAAGGCCAUUAUUUGACACAAGUGCAACCCCCUCCCCCCCCCUCCCAGUAUUUCAGAUACCCGGAGAAUAGCAGUUAAUAUUACAACUUUUUUUUUUCUUUGAUUUUAUUUGGUCAUGAUUAAUUGAUUCAGAAGUCACAACUGUGUAAAUGUACAUUGAACUUGUUAACAUGAAUGUUCUUUAUAUACAUUGUAGUAAAUAUGGAAACAGAAAACCAAAAAAAAAAUGACUGAAUGUUCAUGUGUAAUCUGAGUUGGUCAUACAUGUAGGUAAUUUAUAAUGUGAUUGUGGCUUUAAUCUUGAAGAGAGAUGAAUACAUAUGGAGAAAAGAAAGUGCAAGAAAGACAGCAAGAGAGAAAAAUCAGUAUAAAAAAGAAAGGGGGGAGGUUGGC